AUGAGCCAAUACAAUUUUGUUGUAGAUGCCUCUGCGUUCGAGAAGGGUCUUGGGAACAUUAGGAGAUGGUGUAAUGGACCCUCUGAUAAACUAUCGAUCAACCUAUAUAUUCCUACAUUCACAUUAAAGGAAUUAGAUUUUCUUCAACAUAGACGCAAGAGUUUUGCAGCUAAGGAAUCUUUGAAAUAUAUCGAUACUUUGACAAAUAUACCAAGUUAUAAUAAUGGUCAUGACGAUGAAUCUUUACAGAAUGUUGAUAUUAUUGUAGAAUACCCAGAAAUUCUGGAUAGUAUCAGUUGGGAUGAGGUUAAUGUUAACCAAGUAGGGUCCCUCGAUAGAUUACCAAGAAGAUUGAAAAAUUUACUUAAAAGUGCAGCAUAUAAAUGUUUAGAUAUGGAUGAUAAUGAUUCCCUACGUUGGGUUUUACUAACAGAGGACCCUCAAAUUCGCGAUGCUGCUAAACUUUGUGAUAUUCCUUCAUGUUCCAUAGUCGAUGUUGACAAUAUCUUAUCAAAGGAAUUGAAUUUAAAAUCUUUCCAAAAUAGUGAAAAAUUUAAUAAGAUGAUUAAAAAGAAUGGAACUAAACAACAAGAUGAAAAUGGUGACGAUAUUGUGAUGACUGAUUUUAACAAAACAAUGUAUGCCUCAAGAGAGAAUGGAAAAUUAUGGACACCAUAG